CUAAAGUGGUCAUACAAACAAGCGGGUAGUGUUGCCAGAACAAAUUCUUGAGCUUUUGCCAAACUUACAUUCGCGCUAUUUUGAUCGGAGCGGAAUAAGCUUAGAGUUGUCAUUUAUGUCUAAAUUAAAUACACGCAAUGGGAUUGAAGACUGUUAGACAGGAUCCAUAAAAGUAAACAGAAUCGUUGUCCUUAUUUACCGAACUGAUUUUGGAAGCUUCAUUCGUAUCCCAAACUCUAACAACUACUCAGCAGACGCGCCUUCCUAAAGCCCCACAGCAGACAAGCUUGGCUGUGUACCGCCACACACACACACAAAGUGUGAAGAGGGGAAGUCACUGAGAGUUGGCAGACGAGAGUUGUGGUGUUUUGACGGUCAUGCCAGACACCAUUGUGACCCGUUCUGUAAAAGUGGAUCAGCAACAGAUCAUGCCGGCACUGAUGGGACCUAUGAGAACACGGUGAACACACAAGUCAGUACAACUUUAGCGGGGAGGGAGACUUUUACACCCGGCGCUAGCUUAGGAUUCGUGGUCGGAAGUGGAUAUUUUGGACGUUAUAAGAAAAAAAAAGUUUGAAACUAUGGGAUACACAGUCGCGUGUGGUCAGCUACUGGUGCUGACGUUAGGUCUCGUCACGAUAUCUGGACAAGGAUUCUCAGAUCCAGACAUCGAUCUCACUUUCAACCAAUUUUUACAAGACAAUGGCUACAGAGGUGGAGCGGUGGCUGUCAUGAAAGAUGGGGAACUGCUGCUGGCAAAAGGUUUUGGGACGGACCGUGCGGGACAUGAGGUGACAGCCCAGUCCACCUUCCACACGUCCAGCGUAGCCAAGUCUCUGACCGCAGUGGCCCUGCUACAGCUGGUCCAAGAGGCCAGGAUAUCUCUCAAGGACAAGGUGUUCGGGGAGCUGGGAGUCCUGAGCGACAUCCAGCCAUGGAAUGGGACAAAGGCGGACCCCAGAGUGUACGAGAUCACCGUGGACCACCUGCUACACCACGCCGCUGGGUGGGACGACCUGCAAGGGCCGUUGCUUGACCCGGUGUUAAACCAGUUCUAUCAUAGCCGUCAUGCAAGCGUCCCAAACAUCGCUAAACAGAUGAAAAAGAGUUUCCCACUGGAGGCCAAGUCUCUCAUCAGCUACGUCAUCUCCCAGCCUCUCAGGUUUGACCCGGGCACUAACGUGGCCUAUUCAAACAUCGCCUAUUUAAUCCUCGGCCGCGUCAUAGAGGCCGUCACAGACAUCACCUACAGCGACUACGUCAAAAGAUUUGUAUUGAACCCUUGUGGGAUGUGGAACACCCACCUGGGCAUUGUCCAGCGGUGGGAUGAAAGGGCAGUAACCGUGGAGGACCAGGACCUGUACUACAGCCUUGAUGGCCUGUCGGUAGACUCGGCUCUCGGCUGGUAUUCUAACGUCUACGACAUGGUCCGUUUCCUCAGAUGCACGUUCGAGACCGACCUCCUGCUCAAAGACAAGACUCCCCUGUACGCCCAACCAGACAUCACACCCCUACAGCAAGACUCCUGGUACGGUGCCGGGUUUCUCAGCGACUCCAGGGCAGUCUGGCAAGAAGCGAACACCUACACAGACGACCUCAUCCUUCGCUACAACAUGGACAACGACCAAGACACGCCAGACUCGUGGGUGGUGUUGCUCUACGACAGCAGCAAGCGCGGCGACACGAGGGAGCAGCUUCAGGAGCUGAUGGAGAGUACGGUUCUACAACCACAAAGGGGGAACUUAUUUUACCACGACCUGUCAGAUAUCCCGUGGGUGUCGCAGCCCAAAGAGAGCCAAACGAGUUCCCAGAUCACGGUGAAGUUUUCAGUCAACGAGCAUCACCUCCAGGCCUACGUUAAAGCUCUACAGACGGAAGGGCUGAGCGUCCAGUGGUUUACAUCCCACACGCUAGCUGACCAUACAAAUUUCUUAGUGGUCAGCAGGAGGAUCGCGCACCCCAGCAGAUCGCAGUACGACUACAUCCUGGAGCACGGGAUGGACCACAGGCAUCUCCUCAAGAAAAAAAUGCACUUGGAGGAGCUCGGCUACAACAUGACCCAGUUACACAGCUACAUCAGCAGGUCGCACGUCGUCCCCAUCCGGUUCGCGGCCAUCUUCCGCUACGAGGCCUUCUCGCUGGAUAAGCAGAUGAAGUACGGCACCGGCCACUUACCGGAACCGUACGAGAAGCUCGUACAGAUGUACUACGAGAAAAGCUUCUACCCCAUCUCACAAACCAUCGUCUACAACAAGGAGGAGGGCGACGAGGAGUUCUCGUUCAUCUUCGUCAAGGACGCCGACGACAUCCGAGUGGACUUCAAGCACCACUACGACCUCUCCUCAGCCCAGCUGAUGAAAACAACAGAGGACAAUGCCAAGUCUCAACUCUACAUGUCGUACCUAAACUCCUACAGCGUCAACGGGAAACCUCGCUUCUCGGCCAUCUACACGAACGGGACAAAGGUCAACGGGCAUCUGUACACCGACAGGGUGGAAACAUUGGCCAGUGAGAUCAUUACUUCACAACUGAACAACGGCAUCGCGCCCAAGUUUAUCGUGCCUUACACCGAGGAUGAAGAGAUCAAAUACGCCAUGUACAUGGAGGCGGUGUGAGACAAGGAAACAGACAAUAAAUCUUACGUGUUCCAGAUACAUAAACUCAUUUGAUCAUAUGCAUACAUGUAUAACUAAUACUCUCCUUAUCAUUCAACUUGACUACAUCAGACAGGAGAUUUCAUUGACCAAACCAAUGAAUCUGAUAAAGCUUGGUUUUCAAAAUAUUCAAAGGAUAAAUACUAUACUUGUACAUCAAGUGGUUUAUAUAGUUAUAUUACUUGCAAUAACUCAUACUAAUUUGAAAUAUAUUACUAAUUUUAGAGCUAGAAUAAUAAUAAGUUCAAACAUAAUUAAGAUAAUGAAUUUUCCCAAUAAUAUUUUAUACAAUGCCUAUAUUCUGGUGGGAUAGGGGAAUCUCAAAUCAAAAUUUUUGUGAUUAAACAAAAAAAAAAUAUCUACCUUAGUUGCUCUUUAAAAUGGCAGCUUCAGAAAAAAGAAAACACAGGAGAUUCAGUAGUUUAGCGAGGGGGGGGGGGGGAUGCAUAUGUCCCCGGGCGCCGACCUUAGGGGGCGCCAAAAUGGGUUGGAAAAAUAAAUUGAAAGGUUGAGGGAGGUGCAAAUUGAAAG